CACGACAUUUCUAGCAUGGCGGGGUGGGGCAUGAGCGCCCGCAUGGGUCCCGGCGUACUCUUACCAUCAUCUUCUUGUCCUCCUUUUCUUCCUCCGCCACCUGAAGAGUACGACGAGGAGAGGCCAAAGUACAAGCCAUCCGCUCCGAAGAUCCCCGAUGGCGAGAAAGUGGACUUUGACGACAUCCAGAAGAAGCGUCAGAACAAAGACCUGGUGGAGCUGCAGACCCUGAUCGAGGCUCACUUUGAGUGCAGGAAGAAGGAGGAGGAGGAGCUUAUCGCCCUUAAGGACAGGAUUGAGAAGCGUCGUGCUGAGAGGGCAGAGCAGCAGAGAGUGCGAACUGAGAAGGACAAGGAGCGUCAGGCCAGACGUGAGGAGGAGCGGAGGAUCAAGGAGGAGUCUGAUGCUAAGAAGAAAGCUGAUGAAGAAGCCAAGAAGAAAUCUGCUUUCUCCAACAUGGGCUCCAACUACGGCAGCCACCUGCAGAGAGCUGACCAGAAGAGAGGAGGAAAGAAGGAGACAGAAAGAGAGAAGAAGAAGAAGAUCUUGGCUGCCAGACGUAAACAACUCAACAUUGACCAUCUUAAUGAAGACAAACUCAGGGAUAAGAUCAACGAGUUGUACGACUGGAUGUGUCAGCUGGAGUCUGAGAAGUUCGACCACACAGAGAGACUGAAGAGGCAGAAGUAUGAGGUCACCACCCUGCGCAAGAGAGUGGAGGAGCUGAGCAAGUUCAGCAAAAAGGGAGCCGCCACCCGCCGCAGGAAGUAAGCCUCCGGCCGCAGGAAGUACCUUGUCAGCUGAGAAGACGCGCUGCGGUUGCAUCAUCAUCUUCAUCAUCCUCACCCUCAUCCUCAUCAUGCUUGCCAUCGGGAGCCUUGACCUGCUGUGCGAUAACCUCUGACCUCCUGGCCCUGCGCCGUUUGGUUGUCAGAGUUUUUGUAAAUAAAGUUUGACUCUUCAAGCUGCCA